AUGCGCAAGGUGAAAUGCGAUGAGGAGAAGCGUCAAGUGCCAGGUCUUGACGAGCCGCAAUGCAGGCGAUGCGUGUCUGCACGCAUUCUAUGCGAAUGGAAGGGCGGACCUAUUCCGCGGAAAGCUUCGGCAAACUCACCACCCACUCUGGGGAGGAAAGGCCGAGAAACGCCGGCACCAGAGACUGAAACGGCUGGCGAGUCUAGUCAAGUUGUCGUUAGAAAGCGAUCGACGCCCCGGAAUUCUAAUUCACAAUCCGGUUCUCAAAAAGCGCCCUUGAUAUUACUUCCCUUGCAGCGAUUUAAUGGUGGUAAUGGCGAGCAACAUGUGAUCGCAGCGAACUCGUUGACACUAUCGGGCUUUGACAGGGAUUGUUUGAACUAUCUCCAAAACUCAACACUUGUUGUUCUUCUUGGGAAACGAUGGCCAUGGUCUAUCGUAUCUUAUGCAUACCAAAAGAUCUCGGUGAAGGAGCCGAUGGUCAUGAGCAUGAUACUAGCCACUACUGCAAGGGAGGUUCAUCGAUCUAGACUUUAUGAUCAAGAAGCCUUGCCUAGUAUCUCAGCUAGCAAUGAGUCCUGUCAACUGAGUGGACAAAUGCAUUAUGGUCGAGCUCUAUCCAGUUUACGUCACGCUUUGAAAAAGGAUGUGAAAUCUCCUCAGAAAAUAGAAGCUAUUUUCAUCACUCUAUGGCUUAUGAUUGACUAUGAGAACCGGUUUGGAAGUGGCGCACCAGCGAUUAACAUCCACAUUGGAGGAAUUGAAACUUUGCUCCACAACCACAUUGUGCCUUUGCUUCAAGAUCGAGUAUCAGACGACACAGACCAAUCUAAGCCGUCUUCACUACCAGCGACCACCACUGAAUAUGAGACGCCUUCUCAACAAUCCUCGCCCGAGACACAGUUAUCCACUGAGUCACCAAGCACGCAUGCCACCUCACCGGAGCCCUAUGCAACACAUCACUCCCUAGAUACACUGCGCUGUACUUCUGUCCCACUUUUCCUUCUUUGGACCUUAUAUUUCUUCACCCCGGCCGCGCUUUUCUUUGGACCUGGAACCGCUCGACUCGAUACUGAUAUUUUCCAAUUUUUCCUGGGUGCUGAAUCUCCCACCACUGGUCCUCUGACUCUGCCGGAACUCUAUAGAAUUAGUCGACAGUCUCCUUCUCGCUUCUGGGGGGAGACUUAUCCCAUCUCUGCCCAGCUUGAUGACAUGGAAAAUCUUCCCGGUCUCACUUUGUACCACCGAAGUCAUGUUAUUCAAUUUAAGAUCACCGAGCUGUUCAAGCGGGGCCCCCAGUUUAAGGAAACGGAAGGAGCCAUAUCUCCCUACCAAGACCUUAUCCAGGAGAUCAACACGCUGUCUAUUGUGAGAUACCGGAGACACCAUCUUUUAUCUUUGUUGCCCUUUACUAACACCUUGAAGGAAUAUGAUAGUUUGCUGGGUUCCGCCAAGGCCACCCAAUCGUGCGAGUCGGUCGGAAAUGACCGUCGUGUCAUGGAGACCGUCUACUGGGCCUCCAUCACAUUCUACAGCACAAUGAUAUACUUCCACCUGUGCUUCCAGGAUAUUCUGAAUAAGGCACCAGGAACCCGGAUCAAUAUCAAUUUCAUGUCACUUAGUGCUGCCGUGUCUCAUGUCUUGGAGCUGAGUCUGAAGCUUCAUCGAAGCCGACCCCAUCUUGUGCUUCGCAUUACCUGGCCGUUGUUUAUUGCCGGCAUUGCAACUUCCGAUCAGAUCUAUCAAGACUGGGUAUCGAUUCGCCUACGAGAACUUGGUCGGUAUGGCCAGAACUAUGAUCGCAUCAGCCGGCGAUAUGACGAGAUCAUCCAAGGAGGCCAUCCUUAUGUAUAUGAACGACAGGGGCAUUUCCUGACUUGUUGA